CUAUGAGGUAGGUUAGGCUGAGAGAUAAGUAGCUGGCCCAGAGUCACUCAGUGAGCUUCAUGGCUGAAUGGGGAUUUGAACUCGGGUCUUCACGGUCCUUGUCCACCACUCUAACCACUAUGCCAUGCACAGAAAUAGAGGUAUCUGUAUGAAUGUGUGAUAGGGAUUGAUUGAUUAAGUGCCGUCAAGUUGGUGUUGACUCUUAGCGACCACAUAGAUAGAUUCCCUCCAGGAUGAUCUGUCUUCCACUUGGCCUUUUAGGUCUCUCAGUGGUGCAUUCAUGGCUGUUGUAAUCGAGUCCAUCCACCUGGCUGCUGGUCGUCCUCUUCUUCUCUUUCCCUCAACUUUUCCCAGCAUUGAUAGAAGCCGCUUGAGACACGCGUGCAGCAGCAGCCGCCCAGCACUACUUCGACAUUCAGUGACUUCUCGGAUACCCACAGGCAGUACUCGGAGGCAAAAACUCUCUUCUGCUGUUGCUGCCCCGCAGUGUGCAAAAAGCUGGAAUGUCUUGUGAACUGGCAGGUUUCCUCCUCGAGUGCAGCCACGCCAGAAAUGACCCAGUUGGCUCUUUUUUUGAGGCGCUGCCCUGAGAAAUUAAUUCGGGGACAGGCGAGAGUGCCGGCGACCGUGUUUUCUUCCAUUGCUUGUGCGCUCGGCAGCGCGGCUGAGAUCUAAGGCUUUCCCCCUGCUGCGGCUGAAGCCAAGAUGACAAGGCCAGCGCCCGCCAAGCACUCCGCUUCCCUUCGCGAGAGCACUUUGCUGACUUGAGUCGUGGAGAGAGCAGAAGCGUUUGCCAAGGCAACACCCACUGAACUCCGGAGGAAUUACAGCGGGCAGGGUCGGACUUAACUGAGGCUGCAUUCUCAAGAUCAGGCCUGCCUUUCAUCAUGAGUUCUGAGCUGAACGUCCCCGCUGACCCGCCAGCUGCCACCGAGCCGGCCACCAAGGGCAUGGACUACCGCGACUGGGUCCGUCGCAGCUACCUGGAGCUGGUCACCUCCAACCACCAUUCCGUCCAGGCCCUUUCAUGGCGGAAACUGUACCUGAGCCGGGCCAAGCUGAAAGCUUCCAGCCGGACCUCGGCGCUGCUCUCUGGAUUCGCCAUGGUGGCGAUGGUCGAGGUCCAGCUCGAGAUGCAGUACCAGUACCCGCAGAUGCUGCUUAUUGCCUUCAGCGCCUGCACCACCAUCUUGGUGGCUGUCCACCUCUUCGCCCUCCUCAUCAGCACCUGCAUCCUGCCCAAUGUGGAAGCGGUCAGCAACAUCCACAACCUGAACUCCAUCAGCGAGUCCCCCCACGAGCGCAUGCACCUGUACAUUGAGCUGGCCUGGGGUUUCUCCACCGUCCUCGGCAUCCUCCUCUUCCUGGCUGAGGUGGUGCUUCUGUGCUGGAUCAAAUUCUUGCCUGUGGACUCGGUUGUGAAGAACGACACGGCUGUGCUGCAGAAGCCCAGCAGCAACACCGGCUGGCAGGCGGCCCUCAUCUCCACCAUGAUCAUGGUCCCUGUGGGGAUCAUCUUUGUUGUCUUCACCAUCCAUUUCUACCGGUCACUGGUCCACCACAAAACAGAACGUCACAACCGGGAGAUCGAGGAGCUUCACAAACUGAAAGUUCAGCUGGAUGGCCACGACCGAGGGUUGCAGGUUGUGUGAUGAAUGAAUGCAUCGUUCUUCCGUGUCGGAGAUUCCGCCGAGGAUUUUCGUAAUCGGAGUGGAUGGAAACCGACAAGAAGUACCCCUUGGUGGACUAUCAUAGAGGAUGGAAAUCAACAAGAAGUACCCCCUGGUGGAUUAUCAUAGUGGACAUAAACUGACAAGUACCCCCGGUGGACUAUCAUUCCCAGGUGCCACCUCCUCCUGAUGGCUUUUCAUAGACAAAAACAUGGGUUUUUUUCCACAGAGGUCUAGACAGCUCUCUCUCUUGGGUCCUUCUUUUUGUGGAUGUGUCUGUGGACGUGUCCAUAGUUUGAGACAAUACCUACAUCCGCGAGCAGUUAUCUGAAGAUGGCUUUAUCCACUUGAUUUCCAGACUUUAAAAACAAACACCAAGAUGAUUCUUUUGCAUUUGGGUUUAAUUACAUCAGUUUUAGUGAAGUAGGUUUAGCGGUGAUAUAUAUGAAGCGGAGAAGGGGUCUUAUGAUAGCUAGAGCUCUCUCUCAUAGGCGACUCAUUUGUCAGCAUUGCUUCCAGAGAUGAGUCGGUCAGCCGCAGGAUGCAAACUCCUGUGGAAAUCUGUGAAAGCCUUGUACGACGUUUCUGCUUUUGAUAAGGUGGUAUUUCUGGAGUGCCACCUUAUUAUCGCCCUAUAUCUGGAAACUGGGGGGCAUGCCGUUGUAGGCAACAUGUGUUUCCUCUGCCCUUUCUGGUCUGCUCAUUUCACACCAUCUCAAUAGGGUGGUGAGAAUUUUUUGUCAAGGAGAAAAAGGCAGGUUUGGUAGCCCAAAUCUGCGAUGGCAUUUUUUAUCAUGAGGGCUUCUGUGUAUCCCUGGAGAUGGUCCCAAGACUAGUUAAGGGAAUUUUAAAGAGCAAGAUAUAGAACUUUAUACAAUUGCACCCUUCAGGUAUGGAGGGCAUAACCAAAGUUUGUUAUGUACCUAUGAAGUUCAGACCUAAUCAUCUUUUGUGCUAGCUCCCCUACCCCCGUCCCAAACACUACAGUGGGCAUCUCAGCUUCUGGGACAACUCAUUGUUUUGCAUACAAUUUAUCAGAUAACCCAGGAGGUUUGUGUCAGCAGAGCAGAGUGGAUGCAACCGUGCUGCUAACCCCAGAACAGGUACUCCUUGCAGGUUGGUUUGUGUGUAUGUGCAAAAUUGCAAUAUGGUUCAGAAACGGAAGGAGAAGCACACAGUCCUGGCCGCCUCAUUCUGGACGCCCUCUGGUCCAUGAAGACCCGGGCACUUGGGCACAAAGCCACAUUCUUUCUUUGUUAGUUGUAUGAAACGUCUGUAUGUUCAGGGCCUGGGCUCUCAAACAGUGUUCCCUCUAAUAGGGAUUUCCAGCUGUUGUGGACUACAACUCCCAUAAUGCCCAGCCAAAGGCCAUUGCAACUGGGGAUGCUGGGAGUUGUAGUGAACAACAUCUGGGAAUCCCUGUUAGAAGGAACACUCUGCUCAAAAGCUUAUUUUUCAUGCUGUUUGAUCAGCAAAGCUGGAGAAAGGCUGGCUCAACUCCGUCUGGAGGAAUUAGGCUGUGAAUCCUGUGUGCAUUUACUUGGGAGAAAGCACCAAUUCAGUGGGACGGAGCCCUGAGUAAGCACGCAUAGGAUCCAGGCUGUCUCCCAGAUACCUGCCCUGAGCCAUCCUGUUUCACAGCUUAUGUGUUCUUCAAGUCACCGUUUAAUGGUUUGUGAAAAGAGUACGGUUAUUGGUCAUGACGCUUCCAAAAGAUAAAGCUCUUUGUUGUCUGCAGAGCGAGGUUCCUUUCAAAGGCCUCUUUUGCCGUACAAACACUCUUGCCAAAAUGUUUCAGUUGAAAUUGUACAGUGGUAAUAUACAACCAAUGGCCUCGACCUCGUCCCUCUGUUCCUAUGUCGGGCUGCCUGCAGGAUGCUGCCAAUUAUAAUAUAAUGAUAAGAAGUAUAUAGUAUUUGCAUUUACCUCUCCUAACACCUCUCUGAAGUUGUAUUAGUUGUGAAAUCGACCUAAACUGCCAGUUAUUAAAUACCCCUAAACGAC